AUGACUGAGCGGCCCAGCGAAUUCCGCCAGCGCGGCGAGACUACCGACAAAUGGCUGGACAGAUUGCGACGUGUCGACCCUGAUGCUGGGGACGAUGUUGACGGCUUCUCCAAGAUGAUGGCGGAGAUUGAGAGAGACUGCCUCGCCCAGUACCGCGAUGUCCUCAUGUUCUGGGUUUCGAGGAGCUACCGUCUGCGCGACAAGGAUGGGCCUCGGUCCCACGAAGUCUCCAAUGAAGUGACAGAAGUCGUGCAACAUCUGGAAGCCAAGCAUGGAAUCACCCGCCGCUCUCAAAGCAUCGCCGAGAAAUCAUAUGUCGACAUCGUGGAGCUCCGUCAAAUGGUCGAUGAAGGAAUGAAGGCGGUGGAUGGGAAGAACAUCAUUGGACGUUAA